ACACCUUCCGGGUCGGACUUCAGACCAUGUUUCUCCUCACUCCAGUCUUGGUAGCAGUUGUCUGUAUCUUGGUUGUAUGGAUCUUUAAAAAUGCUGACAGGAGCCUGGGGGGAAAGGAGGAGGAGGUUCAAGCUCAGCCCUGGGUGGAUGAAGACUUGAAAGACAGCUCGGAACACCUUCAAGUGGAAGAAGAUGCUGAGGAAUGGCAAGAGUCAGAGGAGACUGUGGAACACAUCCCAUUCUCUCACACCCGCUACCCAGAGCAGGAAAUGAGGAUGAGAUCCCAGGAGUUCUACGAGCUCCUCAAUAAGAGACGCUCUGUCAGGUUUAUCAGCAGUGAGCAAGUCCCAGUGGAAGUCAUUGACAAUGUCAUCAAAGCAGCAGGAACAGCUCCAAGUGGGGCCCACACAGAGCCCUGGACCUUUGUGGUGGUGAAGAACCCAGACAUGAAGCAUAAGAUCCGAGAGAUUAUCGAGGAGGAGGAAGAAAUAAAUUACAUGAAAAGGAUGGGAAAGCGGUGGGUCACAGACCUGAAGAAACUGAGAACCAACUGGAUUAAGGAGUACUUGGACACUGCCCCAGUUCUGAUCCUUGUUUUUAAACAAGUCCACGGUUUUGCUGCAAACGGAAAGAAGAAGGUUCACUACUACAAUGAGAUCAGCGUGUCUAUUGCCUGUGGCAUCCUGCUAGCUGCAUUGCAGAAUGUAGGGCUAGUGACAGUCACUACCACUCCCCUCAACUGUGGUCCUCGUCUGAGGGUGCUCCUGGGCCGCCCCUCAUAUGAGAAGCUGUUGGUGCUGCUUCCUGUGGGGUACCCCAGCAGAGAUGCCACAGUGCCUGACUUCAAGCGGAAAACUCUGGACCAGAUCAUGGUGACAGUAUAGUCAGCCAAUCCAAGGAGAUGCUGGGAUGCUGGGAUGCUAGGAUGCUGGGAUGCUGGGAUGCUGGGAUGCUGGGAUGCCGGGACCAGCUUCUUUCCUCCUGAGUCUGCUGGCUCCUCUUGUUCUCUGAGUGAGGUCUUCUCCUGCAAAUCAGUGUACAGGGAAGGCUGCUUUUCAUGUAGUGAUGCUUUCACAAUUUCUAGAACUUUUAGUCUAGUAAGUAGUUUUUGAUGGACUGUUUUAGUGGACAUACAGGGCAAGAGGUUAAAAAGCACACACACCUUAACUUCUCUACAAAACUACAGAUGAUUUUUCAUUUACUUAUAAAAGUCAUAUGGAGAAGUCACACUAGAAAAUUUGCUAUAGUUACGAGAGUUACCUAUACAAUGAUUUUUUAACUUAAAUAUUGACUAAUCAAGUGAUCUUUCUGCUUUCUGGUGGCAUUGAGACUGAGAAUGUGCUAUUGAGACCUGUUCUUUCACUGAGGCUCAUAAAGAUUCUGCCAAUCUUGAGUGAAUAACCUUUAAAAAAUUUGACAGUCACAGAACCAGAGAGGCAUGUCCACAUGCCAUGGAUGUAGCUGGCAAUUAUCUGAACUUGAGUUGCACGGGGUGUGUUGGAGCUGGCUUGUACUAGCACAGGGAGGAUGGUGGUUAAAUAUUCUGAAAUUAUACAACAAAGUAUUAAACUGUUUGUAUUUUGAAAUUGUUCAUGAUGAAGGUGUUUACGCCAAACGAAUCAGCAACCACCGUAAUGCAGUCUCAGCUCCACAGAGACACUGUUUGCCACACACAGAGCCUCCUUCCUGCUUGUUCUGAUGGAACACACUUACUUGUUUCUCAGGCAACAGCAAAGCUAUUUGGGACUGCCCUGGCUGCAUGUGUCCAGAUGGACUUGCCAGAGCUAGUCAGUCACCCAUCCCCACCCAUGUCCUCCCAAGGUCCUGGUGUAUAUGCCUUUGUUGUUGUGGUGGUGGUGGUGGUUGUGAUUGUUGUGGUGGUAAUUAUGGUUGUUGUUGUUUGUGCUGUUCUCCAUUCAGCUAGUCUACCCACUUCUUCAUGUCACUACCAUGACAUCCUGCUCCUCCUCCUUACCUUUCUCUCCUUUUUUAUCCUUUUUCUCCCUGUUCUCUCUCUUCUUUGCAACUCGCCUGGACCAUUAAUAAGAGAAAGCUGGCGCCACCUUGUGUCCGAGAGAAGGAAAGGCAUUUCUUGGCUCUGAAAUAGAAUGAGAAUUUGCAGAAAGCAACACCGUCAGCCUUGAGGUCCUUUGACAUAUCUAGAAGUCCCCAACAUCUACACGUGUCUCCAGUUUUCUCUGUGUUUGAUUUCCUUCCCUUUACCUGUGAUAAGUAUGUUCUCUGGUGCAUUACUGAAAUGGGGUUUCUUUUAAUGCUAUUGUGGCUUUGGUAGACUCUAACGGGCGGGAAUGGAAACCUAUCGCUGUACGUCUUACUGUCAUAUUGGACAAAGUUUCUCUGGCUUCCAAAUAUCAGAAUAAUAAACAUACUUCCUUGUCACAGUAUUAAUAAACACACACACACACACACCACACCACACACACACACACACACACACACACACACACACACACACACACACUGCCUUUUCCUAAGGUCUGGAAACGGAACUUAUAAAGUUCUUUGAUGUGUUGUCAUCUGUUCUAUUGAGUGAAACUGAGGCACAAAAAGGACAUCGUCCUCUUCAUCGGGUCCCCACUAGCCUCCACAAAGGAGAGCAAAGGAUGAGAUGGAAAGGCAAGAGGGUUCCUCGUGUGACUGUUCAAGCAUACAGCCAGUAGAGAGGAUGGAGAAAGUGAAGAAUUCCACAGGAACGGAGUGACUGACAGGUCUUCAAGCAAACAACAUCAUAGGGUUAGCUCAUUAUUUUCCAACCAUUGUCCAUAAAGAUAUGUGAUCCUGGUUUUUCAUGUACAAAAAAAAGAAAGUAAAAUAUAUAGCUCCGGGAA